GCAGUCUCUCUCGCCACCCUGUGUGUGUUGGAUCAUGGAUCGGCAAUAGAGUUCAUUGUAGAGAGAGAGACCCCGAAAUCGAUAGAGUUCGUAGAGCAUUAGCUCUCACUGACUAGAACCGACUAGAAAACUACAUGUCGCAGUCCAGUACCUACAACAUACAGAAGAAGAAGAAGUUGUGAUUCAUGACUACUACUGCUACGACGAGGACUACGACUACUGCAAUACUACCUUAAGUUGAGUCACCACCAUUCAACGUUUCUGGGCUUGGUACAUUCUUGCUCGGUACGUUCUUGGUACAUUGGUUAAGUUGUGAUUGUACGCUGAAGAGAAGUUUCGGUUCGGAAUUUGACGGGAAACAGUAUUGCAAAAUGACGACCAUCAAUUUGGAAGAGGCCAUUGCGGAGUAUGGGCCCGAGGAGUUGGAUGAAUUGGAGGCCAUUGAGCCCGUCAAUUUGGAUACGGCCAAUUCACCCUUUGCGAACAUGCUCAUAAACAUGCUCGAAGGCGGAGGAAGAUCCAUGAGAGCUAAAGUUCAAAGCGGGGAAAUUGAUCCAAGUGCUCAGCCGUACUUUGAGAACGGCAAAUUGUAUGGGCAAGACUUUCAAGCCCUUCGAGAAGAAGCCGUGGCCUCUGGGGAACUCUUCACCGAUCCGGAAUUUCCUCCUGAUGAAAAGUCCUUGUACUUCUCGGAGAGUGCUCCUUACUCGUUUGAGUGGAUGAGACCCAAGGAAUUGGUGGACAAUCCAAUGUUGUUCGAGGGCGGAGCUUCUCGCUUUGACAUUAAUCAGGGCGAGCUUGGAGAUUGUUGGUUGUUGGCUGCUUUGGCUAACUUGACCUUGAACAAGAAGCUGCUCUAUAGAGUUGUGCCCUUAGAUCAAAGCUUCACGGAAGAUUACGCUGGGAUCUUUCAUUUUCAGUUCUGGCAAUACGGUGAAUGGAUUGAUGUAGUCAUCGAUGAUUUUCUACCCACCAGAGGGGGAAAACUUAUGUUCAUGCAUUCUGCCGAUGAGAAUGAGCUCUGGACAGCCUUAGUAGAAAAAGCUUAUGCUAAACUACAUGGAUCGUACGAGUCUUUGAAGGGGGGCUCAACGGGCGAGGCCAUGGUAGAUUUCACGGGUGGCUGUGGUGAAAUGUACCAGUUAAAAGAGCGUGGAAUUCCAGAGGACAUGUUUAGCAUCGUGAGAAAAGCAUAUGAUCGGUGUUCUAUGAUGUCCUGCUCUCUUGAGCCCGACCCAAGGGUCACCGAGGCCAAGACUGAAGUUGGGCUCAUCCGAGGACACGCCUACUCGAUCACGAAAGUGGUCAAAGCCAGGAUCGAGACGCCUCGAGUACAAGGCCAAAUUCCGCUGGUCCGAAUUCGAAACCCGUGGGGCAAUGAAGCCGAAUGGAAUGGAGCUUGGAGUGAUGGAUCACCAGAGUGGCAAUAUAUUCCUGAUGAUGAGAAAGAGAUCUUGGGUAUCAAUUUUGAGCACGACGGAGAGUUCUGGAUGAGUUAUAAAGAUUUUAUGAAGUACUUUGAUCAAAUCGAGAUCUGCAAUCUAACGCCGGACUCUCUGGAGGAUUCGGAAGCGUUUUGCGAUCGUCCUCGUUGGGAGGUCACUUCCUGGGAAGGAGUUUGGUUGCCCGACAAAUCGGCCGGAGGGUGCCGGAACAACUUGGGUUCCUUCGCUUCAAAUCCUCAAUAUCUCGUCAACGUAGAAGAUCCCGACGACAGCGAUGACGACGAUCUCUGCACCAUAAUCAUCUCAUUGAUGCAAAAAGGUCGCCGAGCCCUUCGCGAUGAAGGCCUGGACAUGCUCACCAUUGGUUUCGCUCUCUAUUAUGUCAAAGAUCCAGGGGCAAUAUCGUUGCCUUUAGACACGGAUUUUUUCCGAUAUACAAGAAGUGCGGGCCGCUCCAAAGCAUUCAUCAAUAUGCGGGAGGUCAGCCAGCGAUUCCGUGUUCCUCCUGGUGCUUACGCAAUCGUGCCCUCGACAUUCAACCCCAAUGAGUUUGGUCAAUUCCUUCUCAGGGUCUUCAGUGAGAAGAAAAGCACUUGCGAGUCGAUCAACGAGUGAAAUUGAAGCAUAAAGUACGUCGCAGCCGGGCGGAAGCUGGCUAAUCUUGGAGACCUAAGGCCUUACAAAUCGCUCCUCUCUAAAUGUCCAUCAUUGUAAAUCAUUAUUUUACGCUCAGUAAGUUCACAAUAAAAUAUAAAUGUUCAAGGCGGGGAAA